ACAGAUAAAUGAUAAAGAGAAGGAACAGAACAAGAAAAAGGAGUUGUGUUGCGUGCUUUUGUUUGUAUCUAAAUCCAUCGUUAAUCUUCACCCUCGUCAAUUUGUUUUCAUGAAUAGAUCGAUGUUACAUUUAGCGUAGAACGUAGAAUUUCAAUGGCUCUAAAGUAAUUUCAUGAAGUUGACCUAAGCCGAGCUGAGAGUGCUGAAGAAUGAUGCCCAAAUGCUCUGUGCCGCCCCUUCAGUUUCAUACCGUGAACGGUCUCCGACAACUCGCCGAAACGCGCCGUUUCAAGGUAUGGUUGUUGGACCAGUUUGGAGUACUCCACGACGGAAAACAACCUUAUCCAGCUGCUAUUUCGACAUUAGAAAAUAUAGCAAAGACGGGUGCUAAGAUGGUGAUCAUAAGCAACUCCUCAAGACGAUCGUCAACCACCAUUGAAAAAGUGAAGGGUCUUGGCUUUGAUGCCUCUCUUUUUCUGGGGGCCGUCACUAGUGGAGAACUAACUCACCAGUAUUUGCAAAGGAGAGAUGAUCCUUGGUUUGCGGCAUUAGGAAGAUCUUGUAUUCAUUUCACCUGGAAUGGCCGGGGAGCAAUCUCUCUUGAGGGCUUAGACUUGCAAGUUGUGGAGAAUGUUGAAGAAGCUGAAUUUGUUUUGGCUCAUGGUACUGAAGCCUUGGGGAAUGCUGAUGGGAGUGCACGUUCAAUGAAACUUGAAGACCUUGAGAAAAUCUUGGAGCUUUGUGCUUUCAAAGGAAUUCCUAUGGUUGUAGCCAAUCCAGAUUAUGUAACUGUUGAAGCAAGAGACUUACGUGUGAUGCCUGGUACACUGGCAGCUAAAUAUGAAAAGCUUGGGGGUGAAGUAAAAUGGAUGGGAAAACCUGAUGAGAUAAUCUACAAGUCAGCCAUGUCAAUGGCUGGUACAGAUGGCUCUGACUGUAUUGCUGUGGGUGAUUCAUUCCAUCAUGAUAUUAAGGGUGCUAAUGCUGCUGGAAUAGAAUCAGUUUUUAUCACUGGUGGGAUUCACGCUACUGAACUUGGGCUCCAUAGUUUUGGAGAAGUUGCAGAUUCAUCUUCUGUGCAAUCACUUGCUUCCAAAUAUGAAGCUUAUCCAUCUUAUGUGUUGUCAGCUUUCACCUGGUAGAACGUCAUCUCAGGGAAUCUGAGCCACUACUGUUAUAAUUUUAGUAUGAUUUGAAUUGUGACAACACUCUUCAUGUUACAUACAUUUUCUCCAUCACCCUUGCUUAUUAUAUAUGCAGCAGCGGGUUUUUCUUUUUUACAGGACUGAAAAGCAGAUAUCAACUACAACAUUGUGUGCUACAUUGGAAACACACUCCUUAUACAGAUUCAAAAGAACGAUAUUUUUUUUAA